CGAAAUACAAAAUAUAGUCUAGUUGACCGGCGUUUCUUCUUAGCGGUAGAAAGGGCGGCGAGAAAGAGAGAGAGAGAGAGAGAGACGAGGAGGAAGGAGCUGAGUUUUGGCUGCUGGGAGGUGAAGCGGAGAAGCGUCUGGUAACAAUGGCUCUCAAUCAUCUUGAUGCUUUAGCUCUGGAAUAAAAAUGCAAUUUUUUGGGGAUUUGAAUGCGGGAUAUGUGUAUUGGAAGAACGGCGUCGUGAUUUUAGUUGCUCGUAUUCUGUGUUAUGUUUUUCUGUUGUGGGGGGUAUAGAUUUUUAUAGCGCAUCUUGUUACCGUUUGUGCGAUCUAGCUUUUAUGUUUCUCUGAUCUGCAAGAAUUUGUUGAUCUCGUUGGUUGUAACUUGUAAGAUCUUGAUGUUCUCCUUGUGUUAGAUUUGAUGAACUCUAUGUAAUUGGGUUAUUUUCUAAAGCUAUGCGAUUCGACCCUCUCAUCUUUUGUAACUUAGAGUUAGAAGUACCUCGGUGCUCACACCCUUGUGAAUUUUCUGUAAUCUUCCCUGACAGUUGAUUGGUGUAUUUAUGUCACUGGAUGAUUUGAAUUUAAUUAUCAAUUUUAAAUGAUUUAAAAUAGGCGGAGAUAGAUAAUCGUCAGCUAGUUAACAUAAAUGGAUCCUACGCCUGAUGACCAUUUAGAUUUUGGUGACGAGGAAUGUGGAGGAAGCCAAAAGAUGCAAUUUCAUGGAGGCGGAACUAUCCCUGCACUUGCAGAUGAUGAAAUGAUGGGCGAGGAUGACGAGUAUGAUGAUCUUUAUAAUGAUGUUAAUGUUGGAGAGGGUUUUCUUCAGAUGCAGCAGUACGAGGCACACAAACCUCCUGAUUCUGUUGUAAAUGGUGUAUCUCAAGCUCCGGGAAACAGUACACCUGAACCAAAAGUGGAAACCAUAACUCCUCCAGAGAUGAAACCUGGUUUAGUCAGUACUGGUCUGCGAUUUCCUGAGCAAAAGAGUGGGUAUAAUGCUGAAAGAGGUCCUGAUCAAGCUGCUGCUUCUGCUGCUGAAAAAGCAAGGCCUCCAUCAAUGACUCAUGAUGCUACUGUGAGUAACAUGGGAUUUCAACCAUCAGUUGCUAUGUCUCACAGAGCUGUUUCUGAUCCUGUUCAUGAAAUAUCUGGCAAAGUUGCCAAUGAGUCUUUGCCACUGCUGAAUUCUGGUUCAGUUGGGGGUUCAAGAGCUCCAGUGAUGCCGACUCAUCAAAUGAGCUCUAAUGCCAAUCCUGACAUGAACCACCCUAUGAUCAGUGAAAAUCAGAUGAGGCCAGCCAUAGAGAAUGGAUAUACAAUGCUCUUUGUGGGGGAGUUGCACUGGUGGACUACGGAUGCUGAUAUUGAGAGUGUACUAGUUCAAUAUGGGAAAGUGAAGGAGAUCAAAUUCUUUGAUGACAGAGCUAGUGGGAAAUCAAAGGGUUACUGUCAAGUGGAAUUUUAUGAUCCUGCAGCUGCUUCUGCCUGUAAAGAAGGAAUGAAUGGCCACAUUUUCAAUGGCCGACCUUGUGUGGUUGCAUAUGCUACUCCUCAGACAAUAAAACAGAUGGGUUCUUCUUAUAUCAACAAAACCCCAACUCAAGUUCAAACUCAACCAGUACAAGGAAGGAGGCCCAUGAAUGAAGGACUGAACAGAGGCAGUGGAACAAAUUUCCCCGGUGGAGGAGAUGCAGGAAGGAAUUUUGGUAGGGGAGGAUGGGGACGUGGUGGGCAGGGAAUGGCAAACAGAGGUCCUGUGGGUGGGCCUGGAAGAGGAAGAGGUGUUAUGGCUGCAAAGAAUAUGAUAGGUAAUGUACCUGGACCUAAUGUUGGUAUGGGGGUUGGAGCUUACGGACAGGGUCUUGCUGGUCCUGGUUUUGGUGGUCCUCCAGGUCUCAUGCAUCCACAAGGCAUGAUGGGUCCUGGAUUUGAUCCUGGGUACAUGGGUCGAGGAGCUGGUUAUGGUGGCUUUUCUGGGCCUGGUUUUCCAGGUAUUAUUCCUCCCUUUCCCGCUGUUAACCCAAUGGGGCUGGCUGGGGUGGCUCCUCAUGUCAACCCUGCCUUUUUUGGCCGUGGGAUGGGAAUGAUGGGUGGUACAACGGGGAUGGAUGGUCCUCAUCAAGGAAUGUGGACUGAUACAAGCACAGGUGGUGGGUGGGAAAGGGAAGAGCAUGAAAGAAGGACCAGAGAGUCAAGUUACGGUGGUGAUGAUAAUGCAUCUGAAUAUGGCUACGGAGAUGCCAGCCAUGAAAAGGGGGCUAGGUCAACUGUAGUUUCUAGGGAGAAGGAGCGAGCUUCAGAGCGAAUUUCAGAACGUGCCUCCGAGCGUGAUUGGUCGGGCAAUUCUGAGAAGAGGAAUCGGGAUGAGAGAGAUAAUGACAGGGACAGGUAUGAUAGGGAUCACAGGUACAGGGAAGAAAGAGAUGGUUACAGGGACUAUCGUCACAAAGAACGGGAUUUAGAUUAUGACAAUGAAAGAGGACACUCUUCAAAAUCUCGAAGCAGAUCCCGAGCAGUGCAGGAGGACGAUCAUAGAUCUCGUUCAAGGGAUGCUGAUUAUGGAAAGCGUAAAAGGCUUCCAUCUGAGUAACAUAGUAUUGCUACAAUACUCUGUUAUUUUUUACAGGUCGUAGUUGGACUCCUAUCACCUAGUCCACAAUAUUAUCCUCAUAACAUCCUUCUGCAGACUACUUGAAGGGGUUGCCGCUCUUCCUAAGCUCCAUGAAGUAAGAAUUUAGCUUAACUUUUAUUCUAUUUUAUGAACUUCAAUUGGUUUUAAACAAUAUAUUUGUGCUAUGGUCCUGAGGCUAUCCAGACAUCUGUGAUAUUUUAUAUUGUGUUGGGAGGCGAGAGUUAUUGUUGCCUGCUGCCCGUCUUCAUCUUCAUUAAGGCUUUUCUGGUUUAGCUCUCUUGAGCUGGGUUUGCUUUGCUGCCUUUGAAACAUGAAACAUUUGGAAGAUUGAACCCUGUUAUAUGUUGUAAUGUAUUUUGAUUUGCUAAAAUUUUAUUUUGCAUUCACCUUUCCUUCAUGGGGAAAAGAUUGUUUUUUUUUCCAACUUCUUUAUGAGGGUAAAGCUAUGGAUGGUGUGAUUA